UUAAUUAAAGUCAAAAUUUUUAACAUCAUACUCGAUUUGGGGUCGUUGCAAUGACGUGGCAGAAGCAAUUGGCAAUACUUGCCAAGCCCUACUACUGGGUGAAUACAAUAUUAUUGGCCAUCUCAUAUCUGAUAUCCAAGAAGACUACCUUCGUUUGUACUCGCAUUUUUUGCCAUGAUAACGGAGAGGAAGAGGACACAUGCGAUCUGGAUAGCCGCGAGGCCGAGAUUCUCUUCUUGCUAAUCGUUGUGAUGAUACGUUCCCGCAAAACCGGCAGCGUCACCAUGAUUAACUAUCUGUCGUCAUCGUUCCUCUACACAAAAGUGGCCAAUAUGAUAUUAUGGGCCUAUGCUGAUUUUCGCUAUGGUCUUGGCUUUCUUUUGGUGUGUGUUCUGGUGGGUCUGAUAUUGCCGGAGCCGUCAUACAAGGGACCCGAACACAUUACCUAUUUCCGUACCUCUCAAGUAUUUGAGGAGGAAUUGGUUCGUGACAAGCGCACCAGUUGGCUAAUAUGUUUCUAUACCGUUUGGAAUCCCACCUGUGUGAACUUUGCGCCCAUAUUUGCUGAGCAUUCGGCGGAAUACAACACGGACCAUCUGAAGUUCGGAAAAAUCGAUUUUGGACGCCAUCCGGAUGUUGCACAAAAAUAUGGCAUUAACGAUAGCAGCUUCUCACGCCAAUUGCCCACUGUGAUUCUCUUCCAACAGGGCAAGGAAGUCGGACGACGACGUCCUUGCGUGGAUGCGAAGGGCAAACUGCAGAAGUUCUUCUUCUCCAGUGACAAUGUGCGUGCGACCUUUGGCCUUAAUCAGCUGUAUAAGCAGGCUGUGGAACGGCUGCCAGUUGCCCCAGUAACGACAGAGAGCAAAAAGACCAAGUAGCUGGCCACCAAAAGUCAUUUCUCCUACAUGUUUUUACGUGCUAAUAGUUGUUUUUAUUUUAGUUUUAAAUUAUUCAGUUAACGGCGACCCUGAAGAUAGUCACGUUGUCAUUUUAGCAACAAAACACUGUCAGUUAGUGCAUUUUAUUAUUCGGUUAAUCUUGCGUAAGCUUACACAAUUCGGAACUAAGCAGAAUUAGGCCACGAAUUAAAUUAAACAAAUGUAGAAUCUGUAAAUUGAGCAUAAUUGUUCAAACACCACGCCACUCAUUCUCCGUGCUAAUAAAUUUGAGUGCAAUUUAGUAUUUCCGGUGAGUGCGGGCGCGCCCCCAAAAUACUCUGAAAAAAAAAUAAUGCA